AUGGAGCCCCACGAGGUGCUGGAGGCGCAGGUGGCUGUGGUGGCCACCCUGGGUGAGCUGGUAGCCACCGUGGCCGGGCCAGACGAGGACGUGCUGCGGGCCGUGUCCCCAAGGGGCUCCAAACCCAGCCCAGGGUGCUCUGAGGAGAAAAGAACCCCCCUCUGCAUCAUCCAGAGACCCAGCCUGGUGGUCCAUGAGCAGCUUCACACUGGGGAGAAGCCCUACAGGUGCUGGGAAUGUGGGAAGAGCUUCAGCCACACCUCCCACCUCUUCAUCCACCUGCAAGUACACACGGGGGAACAGCCCUACGAGUGUGGGAAAUAUGGGAAGAGUUUCAGCCUGAGCUGCACCCUGAUCCAGCACCAGGAGAUCCCCACAGGGGAACGGCCCUGCAAGUGCUUCAUGUGUGGGAAGAGCUUCCGCCACAGCCUGAUCUGCCACCAGAGAGCCCAGAGUGAGGAACGGCCCUAUGAGUGUCCCGAGGGUGGGAAGGGGUUUCGGACCAGCUCAAAUCUCCUUGUGCAUCAGAAAACACACAUGGAGGAGAGGCUCAGCUGCCCCAACUGCAGGAAGGGCUUCACCCUCACCAUCCACCGGCGCACCCAUACGGGGGAGAGGCCCUACGAGUGUCCUGAGUGUGGGAAGAGAUUCCCUCAGAGCUCUGCCUUGACUUCACACAAAUGGACCCACCUGUAAGGGAAGUCCUGCAAAUGUCCUGAGUGCAGGAAGAGCUUUGUGGGUGUCUCCAGCUCCAUCCCCAAUGGGAGGAUCUGCAUUGGAUGAUCCCCAGUGACUCCAGUUGGGCAGAGACCUGGUGACCCCUGAUCUGGGUGAUCUGUGUUGAGAAGACACCUGUCUGGUGAUCUCCAUGUCCUCCUGGUCCCCAUAGGCACCUGGAUGAAGGCAGGAGUAGGAGCCUCCAUGAGGACUCAGAAUGACAUCAGGAAUUCAUUGGGAAG